UGGUGGACUUUCAAAAUGGCACAGUUUCCAACAAUGGUUCGACAUGCGUUUCAUUCUCGGAGUCAACGCUCAAUAACACUCUCUCCUGCUCCGGGAUACAACUUUCAGACUUAUCACAGGGAAAUCUCAAAAACCUCAAAGCGUUUACUGAUGCUGCCUUUGAUCUGUAUACAUUGCUGAGAUCUAGACUUGACGUCAGUCUUGUUGUGAACAACAUCAAUGCAGUCAGGGCGAAUGGCUCAAUAGUGGGUUCACUGAGUGAUGCGAAUUUUGCGAGGCUCUGGUUCCAAGUGAAGCUCAAUCCAUACCUGUCUUCACUGUCCAAAGACACGCUCUCCUGUCUGAGUCAAAGCAACCUCACCUGCAAGAGCUUCCAAGCACUAGUGAAUGAUCUAAGCUUAAAGAUUGGUCCUGAAAGACAAAGGAUGGUGUAUCAGAACUUCGUGAAACCUUUUCUGGCUAGAAAUACAACUGAUGCCGGCUGUGUGAACAGUACAAGCAGCACUGGGGAAUGGCUCCAGCUGAACUUCCAAGCAUUCUCUGCUAGCGCACGUCUGGGAGAUUUCUCAGCUCUGAACCCAACGUUUGAUGGGUUGCUUGCCCUAGAUAAGCUCACCCCAGAGCAGAAAGCUGAGCUGAUCUUUCAGCUAGAAACUUCUUCUAGGCUAGAUACGAAAGCCAUCACUCAGAUCUUCUGGACUUUCUUGCAGCCAUUUACUAAUGUAACACUUAACCUGACCAGUGCCAGUUCAAAUGGACUUAAUAAGAAUCUCAAUGAUUUCCUGGCUGCUUUGAAACCAUUGGGAAGAUUCAUCAGAUCAUGUGUGAACAUUUCUCAGACGACAAGUGGCGGCAGUAACAGAAAUACAACGAUACAGCUACUGGUGAACUGGACCAUGAGCUUGGACAGCAACAUCACAAUAAAUUAUUUCAGCAUCAACAACAUCACUGAUUGGUUCGAGUUUGUGGUUCUUUCUGUGAUGAAGAAACUAACUAACCAGACAUUACCAGACAAAACAUCAAUAUUCAGCUUUGUUUUAUCUGAAGACCCUCCCAUCACAGAACCUGUCGACAACUGUAAAUUCACCAGCAGUAACAAUUCCUGUCAAACAUCACAGACUGAAGAGAAUCUGGCAAAAUCGAUUAAUUGUGUCGCUCAAUCAAAUCUGAGCUUCACUGAGGAAAACCUAAAGCUUCUGACUACUGAACUCUCCAGAACACUGCAGACACUGAAGUCCAGAUUGGUGACAAACUCAUCUCAAAACAACAUCACAGCCUUGUUUGCAGAGCUUCCAGCAGAUGGCUUCACAUCUAGAAAUCUUGAUGAUGUGGAGUUCAUGAGAUUCUGGUUCCAAAUUAAGAUGAAGCCCCUGCUACCACAAAUUCCGCGUGAAUUCCUGUCUUGCUUCAACACACGUAGCUUCAGCUGCCAGGCCUACAGGGCACUCUUUGCAGAGCUAAAUAAUAAUUCUGGACUGAUGGAUAAUGCAACACAGAUGAAUGUCCUCAGAGACUUUAUUUUUCCAUUCCUGUCGAAACGUCAAAGCACAGGUGUCGACUGCACAUUGCCAUUUAACAACAGUGUGGACUUCAUCCUGCAAAACUUUGGCAGUUUCUCUCCGUUGGUUCGGCUUCAAGAGUUUUCCACUUUCAGCCGCAAUUUUUCAGCUCUGGAUGCUCUUCCUGUUCUCACACUGGACCAGCGGGUGGACCUGGUGUUCAAUACUCCCGCUAGUCCAGAAAACAGAACAAACAUCCUCACAGGAGUCUUUGACUUCCUUCUUCGAGACCUCAACAGAGACAAACUAAACAACUUCCUCCCCUUUCUCCGGACACAGGCCAGAAAGGCAAACUUCACUUGUGAAAACUACAAUGCCAUCUUUAACAGGAUUGAUCAGACAUUAUCAUCAGUCCCUCCUAACCAGUCUGAAGCCCUGCUGACGAUCAGAGACUCAGUGAUGAUGAUUCCUCCUGUUGGUGAGACAAUAGCACUUUGCUCUUGA